GUUUGAGAGCUCGUCGGAGAGGCGAUUUCCGGCGGCUUCUGCGGCGGUUUACGGUGGAGGUGAUCGACACCACCAACCCCGAUAGAAAGCCUGCUAUCUUUUGAACAUAACCCAAGAAGAAUCAGAGUCAUCGGAGGUGCAGUGAAGGCACGGUGGUGCUGUGAAAUUGGUUCAUCAACAGUGAAUGCAACAACUUCAACCGGUGGUUUGAGCCACUUACACUUCGAAUUGGACCUUGAGGUACUAUUGGAGAUUGAGUUGCUCGUUGAGGUUUGAGAUUGAGGAUUCGUUAAGUUGUUGAAGACGCAGCUUGGACGAGAGGAUCUUGGGCACAUUGGUUAUUCAUACAAUCGAUCAACUGAUCAACCGAGGAGAGAGUUUAGAGAAAGGAGAGCAAAGUCAGUUUUUAAUAUUUCAUAUUGGAGGAGUAUAUAUGAUGGAGCUAAAAAAUGAAGAUUAUGAGGCUAACGAAGGAAGAUCAAGAGUUAGGGAAGACUACGUACCCCAACCCACAGCUUUAGAAAGGAUUCCACACCAGAAUUUCAUAGGAACGGUUGUGGAAAUUGUAAGCGGGGAUCACAUCAUCAUUGUGGCUGAUGAUUCUUUUAAAGAUAGCAGUGAACACGAGUAUGAAGUUCUUCUUUCAAGUAUUUCGUGUCCGAAAUCGGGCGGUGGUGGAGUAGAACCGGAGGCGUAUGCCUAUGAAGCAAAGGAGUUUGUGAGAGCACUCCUUAUUGGUCGUCAAGUGCAUGUUGAAUUGGAGUAUUCAAGGAAGCAUGGCAUAGAAAAUAUGAAAACAUAUCACCACGGAUCAGUUUUCCUUGUAACUGCUCUUGAUAGCCAGAAUGUUUCUGAGUUGGUCGUCGCAGAAGGCCUUGCCACUGUUUUGAAACGUGAUGAUAUUGAGGUGGUAUCAAACUAUUAUGAUGCCCUUUGUAACGCAGAAUCAUCUGCUAUUCUUAAUAAGAAAGGAAUGCAUUCUGGCGUGGAUCCCCCAGUCAUGGACAUAAAAGACGUGUCAGAUGCAACGUGGCAGGAAGCUGGUAAUGCCAGUAAUCAUAUAUUUUUGUACUUAUAUGGUAAAUACAACAAAGUUCCUGCUGUUGUGGAAUCUGUAAUCCAUACUAACAGUAGGAAUAAAAUUAUACUAUUCAUUCAACAAUAUGGGCAAACAUGGAGGAUUGCCUUCUCACUUUAUGGUGUCAUAUGGCCCAGAGAUGAGGAGCCCUAUGCAGCUGAAGCGUUCCGACUUCUGAGGCGAACAAUACUUCAAAGAAGGGUGGAGGUUGAACUGAGCACUAAUCAUCCUAUUGAUUAUGAUGGAUAUUUCGUGGGAACUUUAUUGUUGGAGUCAAAUACCCAUGUGGCAAUCCCCCUCCUUCAAGCUGGCCUUGCAAAGUGGAAGGAGAGUAUCCCGAAGGCACUUAUGACUACGAACUUUGAUAAAGCUCAGAAGUCUGAAAGAACGAAGAAACUGAAAAUGUGGGAGAAAAAAAUGGAAGGAGAGUAUCCCGAAGGCACUUAUGACUACGAACUUGAUAAAGCUCAGAAGUCUGCAAGAACGAAGAAACUGAAAAUGUGGGAGAAUUAUGUUGAACCAUCUUACCAAUGCACUGGCGCUGUGGAGGGAGAUAUCUAGUAUAGGCUAAGAAAUUAGAAGAAAAUAAAUUUUAGGAAUUGAGAAAUUUUUUAUCGUAUAGUUUAGCCUUAGU